AGUUAAAAGUUAUUAAAAUUGUCAUAAAUUUAUUUUUUAAAAAAUACAUCAAUAAUUGUCAUAGAAAAAAAAUUUUUUCUGAUGAAAAUGACUGAUACUGGCGUAACGAUGGCUGCUGCAGAGUCAAGACCAACUAAAAAACCAACGAAAGUCAAAAAAGUAAGAUCUAAACCAACACAUCCGCGAACUGCGGAUAUGGUGAACGCGGCUAUAAAAUCACUGAAGGAACGCAGCGGAUCUUCAUUGCAAGCAAUAAAAAAAUACGUCACUGCGACCUACAAAGUUGACGCUGAAAAACAGGCGCCUUUUAUCAAAAAGUACAUCAAGGCUGCAGUAGAAUCUGGUGGACUUGUCCAAACCAAAGGUAAAGGUGCUGCAGGUUCAUUCAAAUUAUCUGUUCGCGGUGAGACGACCAAACGUGCGAAGGCUAAAACUCCCAGCAAGGCAUCUCCCAAAGCUGUCAAAAGUCCUAAGAGAACUCCUGUCAAGAAGCCGGUGAAGAAAGUCGUUAAGAGGACGGAAAUCAAAAAAGCAACCACGAAACCUGCGGAGAAAAAGAAGGCGGUGAGAAGUCCAGCUGCCAAACUUCCCAAGGUCAGAUCUGCGGUCAAAGUCAAGCCUGCCACGAAAGUUGUCAAGAAGGUGCAAAAAAAAGCUCCAGCUAAAGCGAAAGUCGUGAAGAAGGUGAAGAAAGUUAUGAAAAAAAAGUGAACUUUGUAGAUAUUUAAGUUAUUUUUUAUUUUAUUCAAAUUUAUCUGAAAUCUGUUUAUGUUUUGGCUUUUGGAGUCUUGAUGGAUCUCAGAGAUUAGUCUCUAAUUUUUUUUUUUUUUUUUUUU